AUGAACUCUCGCGAGCAGUCUGACAUGCCUCCGGCGCCCUCGUAUCCAUCUCCCAACGGUGCGCAGAUGGCCCAGGGCGCCAUGCCGUACUAUGGUAAUCGCCAACUUACCACCGACGAAUUGUUGUCCGCCGAACUGUCGCGCGAAGCGUCCGGUCCUGGCCUCGGUGAGUCGAGCAAUGGCGUCCAUCAUGGCCAGUCCAUGGUCUUGGGUUCCUCCAAUGCUGGCGACAUGGGCCGUACCUCAUCGGAGGAUCAACACCAGCACCAGCACAUGCUCCAAUUCCCUCCGAGUCAACAAGUCGGCGUGGACCCGAACCACGACUUGAGCUAUGGUGAACAGAGUGCGCGGAAGCGAUCCAAGAUCUCUCGAGCGUGUGACGAGUGUCGGCGCAAAAAGGUUAGAUGCGAUGCGAGCUCAGAAACAGGUCUCGAAACAUGCUCCAACUGUCGGCGUCUAGGUGUUGUGUGUCAGUUCAGUCGCGUCCCGAUGAAGCGCGGCCCCAGUAAAGGAUAUAUCAAGGAACUCGCCGAACGUCUCCAUACGCUGGAGAACCAGAUGCAACCCGGAAUCGUCCAACCCGACGUACCUUACCAGUCCAUGAACGAAGUGUCGCUACCAAGAGGAUACCAGGAUUUCGCAUCCCCCGUCGAAUCGACCUCGGGCAAUCGCAAGAGAACAUACUCUGUUUUCGAAGGUCUGCCCAGUUCCUCGUUCGCGCAGCCGUCUUUCAAUGCCCGUGUUUCGCAAAAUGCCUUCGAUACCUCCGAAACAACGGCAGACCCAUACAACCCAACGGUUGCCAGUGGUAGCGCACCGAAGCCCGGCAAUUUGUUCUGGAACCCAACGGGCCAUGAUAACGAUCUCCCAAGCGGGCUUGAGAUAACCGACUUGCCUAAACACGAAGGCGAUGAUGACAUGAGCCCGGUGACUCUCGACGAAGGUGCUCUUGAUGCAUACUACCAAAAGAUUCAUACUCUCCUGCCGAUCCUCCCCCACACCAAGGACCGGACCUUGGAGCUCCUGCACCAAUGCCACCGCGAAGCGCAGGAGAUCUUCUGUUAUGCCCUAUAUAGCGCAACUCGCACCGACUUGACUCGCGUGGCCGGUAAUUUCGAGAAAAUCAAUGGCUUCGACAAUGCCCAGGAUCUCCUUCUCUUCCACACCCGCCAGCCAUUGAUGGUCCAGUCGACUGCUGUCAAUCUCAUCUGGCUCCAAUCCCUGCUGCUGAUGAUCAUUGACUGUGACACUCGCGGACCAGACAACUUUGUCCUGAAAGAUGGUGUGCCCAAGGGUAGUCUUGUUCAGGCAGCUAACAAGCUUGGAUACGACCUGGCGAAGAAUCAAGGUCAGCUGAAGAACAAGCGUUCUUCGGAUCCUGAUGUCGACUCGGAUGCCAAUCUCACCAGACGCAACUGGGUUUCCCUGGUCAUUUUGGCACGGUGGUACGCUAUCAGUGUUGCGGAUGCUACUGUUCUGGGUGGUCACGAGAUUGGCGGCCGCGAAGAUGAGAGGGUAGUCGGUCAAAUCACAACUGGAAUCGCCUCUUACUCGACGUUCCUCUCGGAAAUGGUAACCCUAGCCAACGUCGACCACAACGUCUGCCAAACCAACACCGGCCUCGGCCGCAUCGUCGGCGCCAACCUAGUCUCCUCCCUGGAGCGCCUAGCCGAAAUGGAAGACGUAUUCCAAGUCCACGAACUACCAGAAAACGCCACAACGCGCCCCCUCUACGAAAGCCUCCAAACCCAACUCUACUGGACAGUCCGGCUCCUAAUCAAACGCCACGUCUACGUCUACAGUCCCUACGAAAUCAUCUUCUGCGCCCAGGAAGUAAUCAACGAAAUGCACAAGGCAACAAUGCAAUCCAGACUCCCCUCCCCCUUCGACCUGCACAGUCUAGCCCUAGCUUCUAUGACCCUCCUCGAAGCAACCGUCCUCCCAGAACACGCACCGGAAUGCUGGGCCUCGCUCGACAAACUGGAAGAAAUCCUGGAACGCCGUGCCAAGCGCGCCUCCGAUUCAACUGAAUUCGCUAAUAUCUUCGCAACCCCAGAGUGGGAUUCCAAGAUCCGCAUCUUCCUCGAAUGGCGCCGCAUCAAAUCGCAGGAAAGUCAGCUUCAGGAAGCGGAUCUCGGUUUGGGUGGUGGUGGUGGUGGUAAUAAGGCCCACCCGCCCAUGGGCCCGAAUGAGCAGCGCUCGCUUCAGCAUCUCGCUGAUUUGGCUGUUGGGGCUGAGGGUUCGGUCGGUCAAAAUGGUCCCUCUACGCCUCCGCCUGGUCUUCAUGAGCAGCAUGAGCCUUCGCCCAAUCUUAACCCGCAGCUUGCUCAGUCGCAGGCUGGUUCGGGGAGGGUUGUUGUUGAUUUUACUAUGUUGACUAAGGAGGGAUAUCUUAAUGUCUUUUCUGGGUUGAUCUAUCGUCGGACUCGUUAA